CCGGACCGCCCCCUGCCGGCGGUGCCAGAGCUCCUACAGUACUCCGUGAACAGCUUUACCAUCCCAUCCCACUCGUCUCGUCUCCGCUCCGCCGGCGCCAACUCGCCGCCCUCUCCAACAAAGACCCCCCCAAAACCCUCGUCUUCUCCCGCCCGGCCGCCCCCACCGCCGGUCUCCUCUCAUCGGACCAAAAUGCGGCUCCCGCUCCGCGGCGCCCUCGUCGCCGGUGUAUGCUCCCGCCUCCGCCGCGGCCUCUCCACGGCCGCCUCGCGCCCUCAGUGGGCGAUCAUCGAGAGUACGGGGCUGGUCAACUCGACGUCGCGCCGCGCGACCCUCCAGCUCGCGGAGCCCCCGCGCUUCUCCGAGCUCCUCGUCCCCGGCCACCACAUCAAUCCCCUGCCCCGCAUCAACUCCGACCCCGAGAGCGUGGGCAUCUUGGCCAGCAUGGUCUGCGCCACGAGCGGCGACGGCCUCCUCCUCCUCGAGUUCCGCGAUGGACCCGCCACGCCUGCCUUCGCCGCCAAGGUCCGUGCCGCAAAGGUCCGCGCCGCCCGGGAAAACCAAGGCGGAAGCGGAACGUUCACGGUCCGCGGCGACAGGGACGACAUAGACCCCGACAUCACGCGUUUCGUCUGCAACCCCCUCAGCGGCGAGAUGUUCCGCCUCCCGGACAUCGAUGGUACGAAGAAGGUUCAUGCCCAUCACGCCAAAGGCAUCCUCACCCAAUCCGUGCGCGGGCACGGGCCGCCUGACAGGUACGCCGUCGUCGAGCUCAGCGUGGAGGGUGAAGGGGGUAAAGGGACCUUCGUCAUGCGGCGCUUCUUCUCAGAGACAAGGGUGUGGGACAAGUUGGUGGGCUUGCCUUCACCGCUCCCGCGGCCGCGGCGGAUUGACAUGGACCUCGAGGUGGUGGCCUUCGCUGGACGGUUGUGGUGGGUCGAUCUGACCUGGGGCGCAGUUUCCGCCGAUCCAUUCAGUGAUCGGCCGGAGCUUCGCUUUGUCGAGCUGCCGAGGGCGAGCGUGAGGCCAGUGCCCGGCCCUGGAAAGAACGAAAUCCCGGUGCAGGGAAUGCACCGGCGCAUGGGGGUCAGUGAGGGUAAGCUGCGCUACGUGGAGGUGUCCCAGAAUGAGCCUUUUGUGCUUAGCUCGUAUGCUCUUGAUGAUGAUGGCGAUGGCUGGACGUUAGAGCACCAGGCGGCUCUUAGCCCACUCUUGGCCGAUGCAGGAACACAGGAGGGGACACCACUGAUUGGUGUUAUCGAUCCACUGAACGCACAUGCCGUGUAUGUCAUCUAUGGGAACCGUGCUCUCGGCAUAGACAUUGACAAGAAGAAGGUGCUUGCAAGUUCACUGAUGACAGAUGUCCCUGAAAGUCCAGUAGAAGUAGCAUGUUUCUCUGCUUCGCUUAAAGCAUGUGUCCUCCCACCAUGGCUUGGAACAGCCCGGAUCCCUUCUGCAGGUACUCUUUCAAGCAACAAGGGCAAGCUGACUUUAUCUGAAAUUUUGGUUCGUGUAGACAAGGACAAGAAGAAAUGAGAUACAGCAGCAAACAGACUUGGUUCUAUAGAAAUCAACUGAAAGGUGUUUCAACUAGUUUGGAAGCUGAUGGGUGGCAGAUUGCAGACCCCUCAUUUUUGGGGAAUCCUGGAAAAGUUUGGGUUUAUUGGCCAUUGCAGUUUUAAGUAUGUUGUCUUAUUCUCGGAGAAGUAUGAGAGAUAUUUUUGUUUUUAAUGGGAAGAUCCCUCAUCUUUAAUGGGAAGAAUAUUGAGAAGAUUGCAAUAGAAUGAUUCAGUUCGGUUGUAUGUAGGCCAUCGCGUGAGAUGAUACAUGCCCUGUUUAUUGCAAGAGAAAGAUCUAUGAACGCUCAUGUGACAGGACGUAUGACGAAUUGCGAUGCCUCUGCUUGGUUUACCGUUUAUGUUGCUGCUGCUUCU